GCAGCGCCUGGCUCAAUCGGCAUGACUUUCUAUCAGGAGGAGCAGCAGGCCUCGAGUGCAGCUGAGAAAUGAAGUUUUUACAGGAAAAAUAUCGCAUUUUUCCGCUGACAGGACUGUUCAGCUCUGCUUGAGGCCGCUGGAUGAAGAAAGAGCCAACAUGGCGAGUUAAUCAGGAGAAAAGCAUGCGUGUGUGAUUCGAUGAGGUCAUCGGCGGCAAUGAUGCAGCAUAAGCGCAACAUUCAGAUCAUCGAAUGGGAGGAUCUGGACAAGCGGAAGUUCUACUCACUGGGCGUCUUCAUGACCAUGACCACACGGGCCGCCGUUUACCCAUUCACCCUGAUCCGCACCCGCCUGCAAGUCCAGAAGGGCAAAUCGCUCUACAACGGCACCUUCGACGCCUUCUGCAAGAUCCUGAAGGCCGAAGGCGCGCGAGGUCUUUACCGCGGCUUCAUGAUAAACACGUUCACGCUGAUCUCAGGUCAGGCUUACAUUACCACCUAUGAGCUGGUCAGGAAAUAUGUCUCCCGGUAUACAUCCAAUAACACGGUCAAGUCGCUGGUGGCAGGUGGUGCAGCUUCGCUGGUGGCGCAGAGCAUCACGGUGCCCAUCGAUGUGGUUUCCCAGCAGCUGAUGGUGCAGGGUCAGGGCUGCCAGCUCACGCGGUUCAAGCUCAAACCCAAGAUGGCCAUGGCCACGGGCAAGCAUAAAGUCACAUUCGGGCAGACCAGAGACAUUGUGGUGCAGAUUUUUCAUGCUGACGGGUUUCGCGGGUUUUAUCGCGGAUAUGUGGCGUCGCUGCUGACAUACAUACCAAACAGCGCCGUCUGGUGGCCAUUUUAUCACUUUUAUGGAGAGCAGCUCUCCAGACUGGCUCCUGCUGACUGUCCGCACCUCAUUCUACAGGCCAUUGCGGGACCGAUGGCUGCAGCUACAGCCUCCACCCUCACAAACCCCAUGGAUGUGGUGCGAGCCAGAGUACAGGUUGAAGGACGUUCGUCAGUGAUCGAGACGUUUAAGCAGUUAAUGGCUGAGGAGGGCAUAUGGGGUCUUACUAAGGGUCUCUCGGCACGCAUCAUUUCCUCCACACCUACAUCCAUCAUGAUCGUCAUCGGCUACGAGACACUAAAGAGACUCAGCCUGCGGCCUGAACUGGUGCACAGCAGACACUGGUGAAAAUACCUCAGCCUUUUAAAGCAGAUGCCUUUUACGACUUUUAGAUUUUAUAAGGACCAGGCAAUAAGCGGCGCUCAUCUGUGACGUUCUUUUCUCCCUCUUUUGUGGAUUUUUGUAUAUUUUGUAAACGUUUCAUUUGGUUGUGCGCGUUUGGGCCGAACUAGUAUUCUUUUUUAGUAACAAGGUGUCGUUGAACUCCUUUUAUGGCCUGGUAAGUGAAAAUAUUUCGAAAUGGUGACUAUUAUUGAGUUUUCAUUUUGCAUCUCAUGCUGUGCCGUUCACUUCAUAUUACAGGAAGUGAGAUCAUCAGAUCUGUUACAUGGUAGGAGAUUGAGAACUUAAAGGAGUUGUUCACCCGAAAAUGACCCCAUAAUAUACUCGCCAUUUUCAAUGACUUUUGUUUGUCAGACGAACACAGUCGAAGUAGUUUUACAUUUCAAUCCCGUCUCUUCCAUGCUAUAUAAUAGUGUUAGAUAGUGACUUUUAUUUUGAAGUUUCCAAAAGGCCAUUGAUUCAUUGUCGCCACCAGGGGAUAACACGUCUUAUGAAGCAGAUAGAUUUGUUUUGUAACAGAAACAUUUGUAUUUUAUUUUAUUGUAAACUCCAAUUUUAUAUGAAUGAAAAUAUACGACAAUAGGGUAUAUGCCGAAGCAUGCUAAUAGGACUUUUAAUUUGCCAGUAACCUGGGUUAAGCGUUUCCGGUGAAGUGUAUGCCAAUGCAAAAAACGGCGCACUUAAGGUCUGUUUUCUUUAAAAAUCAGCGAUCUCCACUGGCUGAGUGAUAUCUGAAAUAAAGUGGGUCUCAGAUUGUACAAAAAGCACUGCAUUAAAUUACACUUCCCCUGCCAUGUCUUUAUAAUAUGAGCAUUUAUUUUACACCAGUAUAUUCAAUGGAGCUUCUGUGCUAGCCUGCUGAUUCUGACGGGCGCGUGCGAGCAAACGGCUUUUUGUCUCGUUUUACGCUUGAGCAACUGAAUAAAUGCAAAAGUCUAUUUAACUGAAUGUAUUUUAAUUACAUUAUAACAUUGAUGCUGUAAAAGGAACCGUAUAAAAUGGACAAAACUUACAAUAACAGGUCACCAGAUGUUUAUCAGUAUGGGAAGAAACACUAGCUCGGCAUAUACCCUAUAAUAAUUCCUUACAUUUAUAUAGCACUUUUCUGGACACUCAAAGCGCUUUACACAUUUUUGGGGGAAUCUCAUCAUCCCUCACCAGUGUGCAGCAUCCACCUGGAUGACACGACGGCAGGCAUAUUGCGCACCUCUUAAAAAUUGUAACUACACGCCGCGUAGUGCAAGCUCUGUGAUUGGUCAGCUUGGUAGUGGUGAUGAGUGCCGCGAGUGUUUACAAGUGUCGAGU